AUGUCUGAACCUGCCGUGUCGCUCCCACCGCCAUCCGCUCCUUGUAGCACUGCGCGAGGCCUGCCGCCAUCUUCCCGUAGGUCGCGUAUCUACCAACUGCCCGCAUACCGAUCCCGCGGUCCUCGAACUAUAUCCACCGGCCUUGACCAACUCAAUGCCAUCCUCGGCGCCACCAAAACCGGCGGACUCGGCCGUGGUACCAUCACCGAGAUCUGGGGUCCCUCCGGCUCGGGCAAGACUUCUCUUGCCUUGCAAACCGCAACCCACGCCUUGAAUAAUGGCAGCUCCGUCGUCUGGGUAGAUGCGACAACAGCUUUUGCAAAGUCUAGACUGAAUGAUUUCCUCGCUGCAAACCCAUUCGCCCAUGGCUCCGAGCCCGACCAGGAUACCAGACUGCAGCGUUUCCACAAUUUAUCGACACCCACCGUUGCUCAUUUGCUAGCUCUUACUCUGCAUCCCCCGCAAUCCUUCCCUUCGCCAGGGACCGCCUUGAUGGUCAUAGACGACCUGCAUGCCAUCUUCGAGGUGUCCUACCCUCGCAACCGCGCAAACACCUUUUCGAGUCACAAAUCCGAAGCGGCUCGAUGGGCUGCCGGUCGUCGCUACGGCAUCAUGGGCACUCUCAUUUCUGCCUUGAAAAGGUUGGCUGCGCUUAAUGACAUGGCCAUUGUAGUCACGACUGGAUGUGCCACGCGCGUGCGUCCUGGUAGCGGUUUAGGCGCUGUCUUGGUGCCUGGCAUGGGAGGCGCUGAAUGGGAAGCUGGCAUAUCCAACAGACUGGUCAUGUUCAGGGACUUCAAGCUAGGAAGCUGGGCUCAGCAACAGCAGCAUCCCGAGAGCGCGAGGUACAUUGGAUUGCAGAAGAACAAUGGCGUAGCCUUUUCCGAUGAGGGAGAGACGGGCCAAUUGGUUGCCUACACCAUCGACAAGGACGGCCUCAAGGACAUUGUCAAUCAAGAUUCCACUGCUGACGCUCCCGUCGUCACACUUGCCGCGUCAUCUCCAUCCAAGAUUCGCAAGCGUCCAUAUGCCGAGAUCGCUGAUGGUACUGCCGAAGGUCGCGAUGAGUACGGUUGGCUGAAUGGAGAUGAGGCAGACGCAGAAGGACUGAUUGAUGAAGCUGCGCUGCUCGAAGACGAUGAGGCUGCUGCUACUGCUGCACCCGAAGACGACACACCUGCCACCAUCAUCAUCGAUGAUUGA